AUGGCCCGACACACUUGCGCCUCGAAAAUCAGGCACCACGCCUGUCUGGGUCCAGAAGACAGAAGGGAACGCUAUACCAGCAGCUUCGAGGAAGAGGAGGAAGACCUCCUAAUACGAUUGGCUCAGACUACAAGGUACUUGCGCGAUGGAGGGGUAGUAGAGGGGUACAGCACAGGAGGUACGUCCACGUCUGUGAUCGACGUGAGGGCAUGUGCAAUCGGGAGAACGUCUCAUAUCUUCCGAGGGACGGGAGAUCUCGUAGCUAAGGAGGCCGCAUAUGGUCGGAUCAACCAGCAAGCGCUGGAGAACAGCCGUGGAGCCCCACUGUCGCAUUGGAAAGAAUCGGAGCAGUAA